AUGUCUUCCGAGGAGCCCGUCCCCGUUUCUGCCGGCCCGGCAAGAAAGACGCAUGGCGGCAAUGCUGCCUACCACAACUUCCACAACGAUUUCGUUCACAUUCAGGAUCCCAAUGAGCGAAGACGGCUUGCUCUCGCCGAGAUCGACAAGGCGCCCUUUGGUUGGUACCAUGUGAGAGCCAUUGUUGUCGCUGGUGUCGGUUUCUUCACCGAUUCCUACGAUAUCUUCGUCGCCUCUCUGCUUACCACCAUGUUGGGAAUUGUCUACUACCCUGGCGAGGGCAAGAUGCCCACCACCUCUGAUACCGCCAUCAAGCUGGCCACCUCGGCCGGAACCGUCAUUGGUCAACUCGGCUUCGGCGCUCUCGCCGAUAUUGUCGGACGCAAGCGGAUGUAUGGCCUUGAGCUUAUCGUCAUCAUCUUUGCGACUCUGGCACAGGCUCUCAGCUCCGGUUCUCCUUCCAUGGAUGUCAUUGGCGUCAUCAUCUUCUGGCGUGUUGUCAUGGGUGUCGGUAUCGGUGGUGACUACCCUCUGUCUUCUAUCAUCACUUCAGAGUUCGCGACCACCAAGUGGAGAGGUGCCAUGAUGGGAUCCGUCUUCGCCAUGCAGGGUCUCGGCCAGCUCUGCGCUGCUUUCGUAAUGCUCUUCGUCACCCUUGGCUUCAAGGGCUCACUGGAAACCUCCACCAAGCUGGCUAACUGCACCGGUGUCUGCGCCAUCGCUGUUGACAAGAUGUGGAGGACCCUGAUCGGCUUCGGUGCCGUUCCCGGUUGCAUUGCCCUCUACUACCGCCUCACCAUCCCCGAGACUCCCCGCUACACCUUCGAUGUCAGGCGCGAUGUUGAGAAGGCCGACGCUGAUGCUAAGGCCUAUAUCAGCGGCAAGCACGGAGAGGCUCAAACCGAUGAUCUUGCUCGUAUUGCCGCCCAGAAGAACGCUACUGAGCAGAUGCGUGUCCCAAAGGCCAGCUUCGGUGACUUCAUGCGCCACUACCGCAUCCCCAAGAACGGCAUGCUUCUGGCUGGAACUGCCCUCUCGUGGUGCUUCCUUGACAUUGCCUACUAUGGUCUCUCUUUGAACAACGCAACCAUCCUACAGGCUAUUGGAUAUUCGACUUCUGGUGCCAAGAAUACCUACGAGAUUCUGUACAACACCGCCGUUGGUAACUUGAUUAUCGUCUUGGCGGGUGCCGUUCCUGGUUAUUGGGUCACUGUCGCCACGGUCGACACAAUCGGCCGCAAGCCCAUCCAGCUCGCUGGCUUUGCCAUCCUCACCAUUCUCUUCAUCGUCAUGGGCUUCGCCUACUGGCACCUGUCUCCCAACGCCCUGCUAGCCGUCUACGUCCUGGCCCAGUUCUUCUUCAACUUUGGACCCAAUUCGACGACGUUCAUCGUGCCCGGAGAGUGUUUCCCGACACGCUACCGUUCCACGUCUCACGGUAUUUCUGCUGCCUCCGGCAAGAUCGGCUCCAUCAUCGGCCAGGGCGCCAUCGCUCCCCUGCGCACACGAGGUGCCGUCAAGGGUGGCAACGCCAACCCCUGGCUGGACCACGUCCUUGAGAUCUACGCUCUUUUCAUGCUGCUCGGCUGCUUCUCUACCCUGCUCAUCAAGGAGACCAAGAGAAAGACCCUCGAGGAGCUUUCUGGUGACGAUGAUUACGCUGCGGGCGAGGCUCCCAUCGCCAUCGAUAAUGGCAGUGGCGAGAGCGGCGUGGUCGAGAAGAGGGGCCCCGACUCCGUUUAG